AUAUAGACGAAUGCAGCAAUAGAAAUCCAUGCCCAAAAAACAGUAAUUGUAUAAAUACUAUAGGAAGUUACCAAUGCCAAUGUAUAGAAGGAUAUAGAAUAAAACUUCAGCAUGAACAUGUGCAAGAAGAAUGUAUUCCUGUAUGUGAUCCUAAUCCUUGUGAACACGGGAAAUGUAUAAAAAUACCCGGUGAAUUUAAAUGCAAAUGUGAUGCCGGAUAUACAGGAAUUUUAUGCGACGAGGAAGAUACAAAUUUUAAACGUUUGAAAAAUAAUUUAAUUAUAAGCGUAUCAACUCUCAGUGGUGCUCUGGUAUUGACAUUUAUCAUUGCCUAUGUGUUAUGUACGAGGGCAAAGAAGAAAUUGGAGAAAAAGUCUGCUCAAAUUAUUCAAAUGAGAGGAAUAAGCAACGAAGGAUUUGCAGAUUGAAAUGUUAAAUUCCAAUAUGUAUCAACUUAUAUAUUUUUUGUUGAAAUUAAGAAGAGCAAAUUUAUAAUGAAAUUUUAUGUAAUUACGUGAAUACUAUAUGUAAUAUAAUUACUAUAUUUUAAAUAUAUCAUUGAUUCAUAAUUUAAUUAAUAAAAUUUUAUUAGGUACGAUGUUGAUGAUAACAAUAUAAUACGAAGUUUCAAAUGUUAUUAUGGUGAGAGGUAACAUAUCAAAUAGAUUUCACCAUGAUGCUUGCUUCUGUAAUGGAUUUCUGUAAUGGAAACCCAUAAUUUAUAGCAAUCUUCCAUACAUAUUUAUUAUUGAAUUUCCAAUAAUAUGUAUAUAUUAUAUAUUACUGGAAAUUAUAAUAUUUAUAUAUUAUUGGAAACUACAGCGAUCUUCUAUAUAUACAUACGUUAUGUAUGGAAGAUCGCUAUAAAUUUAUUGCUAGAGGAACCUUUAAAUAAGCAAAAAGUACUAAAAAUCUCAAAAAAUUCCAUCAUAAAGCGUAAAAUUUAAAAAGUAUUUUAAUCAUUACUUGUAUCUGCAUGAAAAAAUUUAGUCAUUCUGUAUUAAGUCGAAUACUUUUCAAUAAAUUAUCUCUAUCAACUUUCA